AUGGACACCGGUCCAUCGUGGAAGACGUUCCACCAGUUUAUACUUGCCAGCAACUACAGAAUUUCGACCAUUGAGAGUACUCACGACGAUGCUUUCCGCGAUAAUGGCGCUCACGAUGAUGGUCAUGAGGAACAACCUCGGGGAGCUCAUGAAGAAAGGAUGGGACGAUUAGAAAACGUAAGUGCAAUGUUAGCUGAGCUAAUCCAAGAUUCUAGGAAGAAGAAAGAUGUAAACGAGAACGAGAGCGCGACAAUGUUCAAGAACUUUUCAUCGCUCAACCCAUCACGACCACCCACAACUGGAAGAGUUUUCGUGAUGAGGCAAGAGGAGGCAGACGAGGAAGAUAAUGUUAUCACUGGUGCUUUCUCUAUCCAUUCUUCACCUGCCCAUGUUCUCUUUGAUUCUGGAGCUUCACAUUCCUUUAUUUCCCCAUCAUUUGCGAAACGCUUAAAGUUAAAACCAUGCUAUGAUUUUCAUGCUAUGAGUAUUGCCCUUCCUAUUGGAGAAAUUGUGAAAUGUAGAACCCUAUACAGAAAUUGCCCUAUCAUGUUAGGGGAAGUAGAGUUCCUAGCUGACCUAAUAGCUUUUGACCUAUCUGAUUUUGAUGUGAUUUUGGGAAUGAACUGGUUGACAAAUUAUGAGGCUAGCAUUAAUUGUUUGAGGCGGAGGGUAACCCUUACAACAUCAAGUGGUGAUAGGAUUUCGUUCCAAAAAUUAGAGAGAAAACCGACGAUUCAAAUUGUCUCUGCUCUGAGAGCUCAGAAAAUGAAUGAGAGUGGCUUUACUGGCUAUCUUUGUAGUGUGGUUGACCUUAACACUCCCGAACCAUCCAUUACCGACAUACCCAUUGUUUGUGAAUACCCAAAUGUUUUUCCCGAGGAGAUACCUGGUGUGCCCCCACCAAGAGAGUUAGACUUCAGUAUUGAACUUGUUCCAGGAUCCACUCCUAUUUCUAAAGCCCCUUAUAGGAUGGCACCAGCUGAGUUGCAAGAGUUGAAGAAACAAUUAGAUGAAUUACUUGAAAAAGGAUUUGUUCAAGACUUUUCUAAGGUUGCCUUACCCAUAACUCGCCUAGUUAGAAAGAACACCAAAUUUGAGUGGAGUGAUGAUUGUGAGUCAGCAUUUCAAGAACUUAAGAGACGUCUCACCAGUGCCCCUAUUCUUACCUUGCCAUCUGGAACCGAGGGAUUUGUUAUCUACAGUGAUGCCUCUAAGCAUGGUUUAGGAUGUGUUCUAAUGCAGAAGGGAAAAGUCAUAGAUUAUGCUUCCCGCCAACUCAAACCCCAUGAACAGAACUACCCUACUCCUGAUCUUGAACUUGCAGCUGUAGUUUUCGCACUCAAAAUCUGGAGACACUACCUGUAUGGAGCCUCUUGUCAGAUUUUCACCGACCAUAAAAGCCUCAAAUAUAUUUUCACCCAAAAAGAGCUAAACAUGAGACAACGUAGAUGGUUAGAACUCCUAAAAGAUUACGAUCUUGAUAUUCAAUACCACCCUGGAAAGGCUAACGUAGUUGCUGAUGCAUUGAGCCGAAAAUCUCACCUAAAUAUGAUCUUACCUUUUUCCCGAGCCAAUCAUGAUUAUCUGCAAAAAAUGAAAAUCGAGUUCAUUAGCAAGCAAAGAAUCGCUCGAUUGAAUACGCUCGAAAUGAGACCAACUUUGAUCGAUGAGAUUAAGGAAGUACAAGGAAAGGACUUGCAGUUGGAACGAAUAAGAAAUGAGAGAAUCAAGAUAGAGCAUCAAAGACCAGCAGGCUUGUUGCAGCCUCUGGAUGUGCCAGAAUGGAAGUGGGACUCAGUGUCGAUAGAUUUUAUCAUAGGUCUACCAAAGUCCACCAAAGGAAUAAAUGCUAUUUGGGUCAUUGUGGAUAGGUUGACAAAGUCAGCACAUUUCUUGGCAAUAAAGAACAAUUGGAGUUUGGACCAACUUGCUGAAUUAUAUGUAAAUACCAUAGUAAGAUUGCAUGGAGUACCUAGCUCGAUUGUUUCUGAUCGCGAUCCAAGGUAUCAAGCCGCAUAUUGGAAGAAAUUGCAGAAAGCCCUUGGAACGAAGCUUAAUUUCAGCGCCGCCUUUCAUCCAGCGACUGAUGGGCAAACAGAACGCACUAAUCAGAUUGUCGAGGAUAUGUUGAGAGCAUGUAUUUUGGAUUUUCAAGGAACGUGGGAAAAGUUUUUGCCAAUGGUGGAAUUCUCAUACAACAACAGUUAUCAAGCGACCAUUGGCAUGGCCCCAUACGAAGCUCUUUACGGUAGAAAAUGCAGAACUCCAUUAUGCUGGAGCGACAUCGAUGAAGCCCGUGUCACAGGACCAGAAUUGUUCCAGGAAACCACCGACAAGAUUCGGUUAAUCCAAUCGAGAAUGAAAGCGGCACAAAGUAGGCAAAAGAGUUACGCAGACAAGCGAAGAAGACCGUUAGAGUUUGAAGUUGGUGACCACGUGUUUCUGAAGAUUUCACCUACAAAAGGAGUAAUGAGAUUCGGACAAACCGGGAAGCUGAGUCCAAGAUACAUCGGGCCGUAUGAGAUAUUAGAAAGAGUAUCCGAAGUAGCAUAUCGACUUGCCUUACCGACUGACUUGGAGAAGGUGCAUAAUGUAUUUCAUGUUUCAAUGUUAAGAAAAUAUGUUCCCGAUCCAAGCCAUGUGAUUUCACACGAACCCUUAGCGUUGCGGAAUGAUCUUACAUACGAGGAAAAACCGAUUGAAAUUCUUGAUCGUAGAGAGAAACGUCUUAGAAACAAAGUGAUUCCGAUGGUUAAAGGCUUGUGGGCUAACCACUUGACAUCUGAGGCCACGUGGGAAGUCGAAGAUCAAUUUAAAUCGAAAUACCCCCAAUUGUUCGUUGAGAAUGGUAAGAUGUACGAAUCUUGCUUAGUGUGA